AUGCAUUUCUUACGUUACAAUUUUCUAGAUCCACUGAAUGCUAAAAGUAACAUCAAGAAUUUCCAGAGGUAUUUGAAGAAAUCAACAAGAAGCCCAAAAGGUGGACCAUAUUCUACGCUUCAGUGCGGUGACUUUUCAGAAUUUGAACAUCUUUUUUCGAAACGCGAGAGGAAAGAGCACAAUCUUUUUUCUGAAAGCAAUCAGUUUGACUCUGAUGCAAAGUCUUUAGCUUACAGAGUUGAAUAUGAAAACAACGAAAGUUUGGAAAUAAAGGAAGAAAUCGUGCAAGAUGAAGAGUCAGUUGCAGAUCAGGAAUUUGAUACAAGAUAUGAUACAAAAUUGUAUACCGCGGAUUUAAGAAAUGCUGAGAUGUUGACUGUUAUUGAACUGCGGAACCAAAAGAAGCAGCAAAUUCAAGAUUUACAACCGGAAAUGAAAUACGCAUGUGAAAAGUGUGCUCGAUCCUAUAAACAUAAAUAUAGUUUAACUCAUCAUCAAAAAUACGAAUGCGAUAUCAUGCCACGCUUUAAGUGUAAAAUUUGUGGCCAAAAAUUUAAAAGGAUAUAUAGCUUGAGUCGCCAUCAAAGUCGCAUACAUUUUAAAACUAACUAACAUACAUCGAAAUCAUUUAACUGCAUUUGUGUUGAUAAUAAUU